CUGCUGGCGCCCAUCGGGGACCCGGAGAAGGUGAUCUGCGUGGGGCUCAACUACCGCGACCACUGCCUGGAGCAGGACGUGAAGAUCCCCAAGGAGCCCAUCAUCUUCAGCAAGUUCCCCAGCGCCAUCAUCGGGCCCUUCGAUGACAUCAUACACCCCGAGGAGAGCAGCGAGGUGGACUGGGAGGUGGAGCUGGCCGCCGUCAUCGGGAAGAAGGGGAAGCACAUCGAGGAGUCGGCGGCGCUGGACCACGUCGUGGGCUUCACGGUGGCCAACGACGUCAGCGCCCGGGACUGGCAGAUGAAGAGGAAUGGGAGGCAGUGGCUGCUGGGGAAAACCUUCGACACCUUCUGUCCCCUGGGGCCGGCUCUUGUCACCAAGGAUGCGGUGGCAGAUGUCCACAACCUCGGCAUCCGCUGCAGCGUGAACGGGCAGGUGAUGCAGGACAGCAGCACCAGCCAGCUCAUCUUCAGGCUGCCCAAACUCAUCGCCUGGGUCUCCCGGUUUGUCACGCUGGUCCCCGGGGACAUCCUUCUGACAGGAACCCCUCCUGGCGUGGGGGCCUUUCGGAAGCCCCCCGUGUUC